UAAAUAAAUAAAUAAAUAAAUAAAACCUGAGCUGAAUGUUGUGAUGUAUAAAAGUCUAAAACAAACUCUGCAGGGAAAAAAUAAAAAUAAAAUCACUAAAAGACCACCUGAUCCACCAGACUGMUGAGGUCUGGGGGGUCCAGAUCUCCAGACUUCAGUUCGGUUCUGCCUCAGCAUCCUGAGGCUCGGACCGCAGCUUCUGGUUCCGAGCCAGAAGCAGACCGGACGCUUUUUACCGAAGUUUUCCGAUCGGAGCCGAACCUGGAAGCCUCUCACACCCGACAUCAGCCGAAAUCUUCCUCUCCUCCGGCUCUUCCUCGUGCUGAAGUGUGCUGCUGGCUGCCUGGGGGAGGUGUGCAGAUUACAGAAAUCAUCUGAUAAAAGCCAGAUUAGCCCCUCUGAGCCCCUCCCGGUCCUCUGAUCACCGGAUCCAAGGCUUUUUAAAAGMAGAGAAAGGCAGAUGAAGAUGAAAGAGGCUGCAGCUCUCAGCGUGGUGUUCUGCUGCGAACCAUGUUUCUUUCUUCCACAGUUGUGUCAGCAUCUCUGAAAGUGAAAACGGAGAGCAGGACGGCCUUCUUCGGCGAGGACGUUCACAUCGACAUCCUGUCCCGGAACAAGUCCGAGGUCCUGUUCAGGCCCAGGACCAACYGGUCCUCCGAGGUGGCCCUGCUGCGGGCGGGGCUGCUCACCAACCCGGCCAAGGCUGACCUGAACGCCCUGGGAGACCUGGUGCUGAAGGACGUUCAGGAGGAAGACGAGGGUCUGUACAUCAUCAGAGACGGCAGCAACUCCAGCAAACAGCUGGUCCUCACCGUCAGGGACUGCGCACUGGAGCAGGUGGUAAAAUAUGGAGACACCUACAACAUCCACCUGAAGCACAUCGAGGGUCCCAUCACCCUGGAGUUCAGGUCCAGUYUGGUUAAAGUCAAUCAGACGGAUCUUCAGCACCUGUCCGAGGCCCCCCCGGUGGUUCUGUACAACGGGUCCGCGGUGCUGGGGGGGGACUACGUGGGGCGCCUCAGGGUGUCGGAGAAGCAGAUUUCUCUGCACUCCGUCAGGAUGACGGACGAAGGAAGCUUCGCCGUGUUGGACCGAGAGGGGCACACCAAGAUGAGGAACUGUCUGAACGUCAGAGACCACCAGAAGUUCCUGCAGCUUUCCUACGGAGAAAACCUGAAGAUGAAACUCUUCGUGGACCACUCCAACCUGAACGUCGUCUACAGGACCAAAUCGGACAACCAGGACCAGCUGAUUGUGGACCAGGGGGUCCUGGUGACGCCUCUGGACCCUCAGCUGGAGGGCMGGCUGACCGUGGAGGGAUCAGAGCUCAGCCUGAAGAAGGUCCAAACGGCYGACAUGGGGGUCUUCAAAGUGACGGACCUGGCUGGCUUCCCUGUGGCCCAUGUCUACAUAACCGUAGAACCCUACAAGCUGCCCCCCCUGGCUGUGGCCAUCCUGUCCCUGCUGGGCCUGAUCGCCUUCAUGCUGCUGGUCUGCCUGCUGUCCUGUCUCUAUAAAAUACAUAAAAGGAACGAGAAGAACAAGAAGCUGACGCUCAUCGCCCAGCAGGCCGGCAAGGGGGACGGCGAGGCGUUCCGACAGGUGGUCCACGAGGCUUACAGCAGGUUCACCGAGGAGUCUCUGAUGCAGUCCAUCAGUGAAAAACCAUCAGAGUGCACAGAGGUCACCAUCAAGGGCCUGGAGGUGUCCAAACCAGGCCGCUACCAGACCCUCCCCUCCGACAACUUCCUGGAUAUGAACGACUCCGGRGUCGAGUUCAGCCACUCCGGCUUCCCUCAGGACAGCGACACCGAGGCCGUGCUGACCUACGCCUCCCACAAGCCCCUCCUGAACGCCGCCUCUCCUCCGGCCGUGACGGAAGGAGCGCUCUCCAACAGCCUGGAAGCCACGGCGGCCCCCGACGGCGACCUCAGCGCCAUCCGGACCCCCGACUCGGCCAUGAGCGCCAGCCCCGGCUCCCAUCCCCGCUCGGCCGCAGCUGCCACACCUGAUGGCGGCCCGCACGGCGCCCCUGGAGGCGGCGCCGCCGAGUCCGACUCAGCCAAGACAGAUGGAGGGUCAGAGGGCGGAGAGGGUGGUCUGUAGGAUUAAUCAGCUCCGAGCAGCUGACAGGAAACACCAGGGGGGUGUUUUUGGCACCUCCUUCAAAUGUGGCAGGAGUGGUUUUCACACUGAAACACAGAGAAGUCCUUAAAUCCCUGCAUCUGAAAACAUCCCAGACUAAACGGAGGUUGGUGGCYGAGAAGAAAGGGCCUAAAAAAAACAGCACAAUAUAGUGUUAAAGUCACUUUGCACAGAAAAAAACAAAACAUCCUCACUGUGUAUCAAAAGAGAAAAAGAAUCUUGUGCGUAUCAGUGCAUGCAUUUUAUUAAAAACUGAUGAGAUUUAGAGGAAAAUACAGACGUUAGAAUAGUCUGCAUGUAAAUUAAAACAAGUAAAAAUAACAAGAUCCAAUACAAAUACUCAAAUUAAAAAAAAAGAGAAAAUGACAAAGGUUUGACAGCCAGAAAGCUUCACAAACAAAAACAUUUGUGCUUCAGGGCGGAUCUCAGUGUUUUUCCCGCUGACGGCACUCAGACUCUGCAGUGAUAGCGUUUCAGUCCGCCCCCACGUCUCCAUUAUUAACAGCACGAUCGUGUCAGCGAACGUCCCACGGCUCGGCUUGUUUCAGCGCUCGCUCGCUGGAAAGAGCUGCUCGAGGUGCUGCUUCUCUAAAAACCUGCAGGCCGGAGCCAGAUCAGACCGACCGAGCUGCUCGUUUCCCCCGUUGUUUCAUACGUGAGGCGUCAAAUCUGGCACAUUUCAAACCUGUUAAAACGACUGUUCGUUCAUUCAUUCAUUCAUUCAUUCAUUCAUUCAUUCAUUCAUUCAUUCAUUCAUUCAUUCAUUCAUUCAUUCAUUCAUUCAUUAGAACAUUCAGAUAAUCAGAUGGAGCAGAUCUUGAGAACAUAAGUGGAUUUUUUGAAGGCGAACCAAAUCCCGAACAGCCAGUGGCGGGGCCAGACAUUUUUCCCAGGGGUGGUCAGACUGGGACCACUACUCACACAGGGGUGGUCAGACUGGGACCACUGCUCACACACUGGGACCACUACUCACACAGGGGUGGUCAGGAACAUUACGUGCUUUUUUCACCUGAGGGUUUCUGCAGAUCUUUGUGUUUUGUUUAUGUCCUCAUGUCCUCAUACAGGCAGUGACUACCUUAUAAACAUGGCCGU